AUGGAUACGACCGCAGAGACCCGUGCCGACUGCCCAGAAAAUGAAGGACGGAGGCGCUCUAACCGUUCGCACGUCAAAGGCUACGUAUUGAGAGCCGUGCUAGGCGUCGCAGCCGUGGUGUCAUCAAUAUCAGGCUUCCGAACACUAAAGCACGGAAAGUGGAGCAACUUUUCCGGCUCGGCGACAUCGGCGGCGGCGCAGCGUGGCUUCGCAAGCCAAGCACAAUUGGACUCAAACGCGAGGACAUUCCUGUGCGUGGCUUCUCUGCGGACAUCGUAUGCGGCCCAGAUCCCCAGCAACUUGUGCACGUACCUGGUCUACACCGACGUCUACUUCAAUCCGCGGGCGGACUCUUUCAGCCCUGUGAAUGAGGCAACUCUGUCAGCGUUCGAGAAUGCGUCGAGUAGUACGGGCGUGCGCAUACUGGCGGCCGUGGGGAGUCCUUCGCUGCCAGAACUCGCCCAAUCGGCUUCGCUGGUUCGCCGCGUCGGCGAGGCUGCCACCCGCUGGCUGGUCGCCAGGGGAUUCCGCGGUCUGGCGUUCGUCAACUACCACACCACCACGGACAAGCUCGAAGAGCUGGCCGGAGCAUUGGAGGAGCUCCAAAGUAUGCUGAGUUCAUCCAAGCUGGAGAUCGCCCUCUCUCUUUCACUGAGGGACUGGCUGUCGCCGAGUGCCCUGAUCUCGACGAGGCUUUACUCGAUAGCUCAGCACGUAAAUCUGCUAGUUCUUCAAACGCACUACUACACGGAGGAGUCGAAAUGCAAGACUGGUUUCCCUACCGUUUAUUCCGCAAGCCGAGAAGAACCUGUGACUGUGCCUAUCACGAGCGCCCUGGGCUGGAUCAACACGCUGAAAGAGGAUUUCAAAGUGCGUGCCAGCGUCUGCUUCUCCCUGAGCCUAGGCGUGCUUGUCUUCGCGGGAGCAUCGACGAUACCGUCGGAGUGCCGAGGCGUCCGCCAAAGAGGCUACGACACGGUGUGCGACGACAAGCGCUGGGAGAGGGUUCUGCCAUUCAACCCGCAUGGUGGCGCCUCUAUCAGCAGGAAAAACGACGAGCUAGCUACUUACGAAGAGGCCACCAUCGGCGCUAAAAAGGUAAACACGGCAAUCCAGAAGACGGCGUCAGCCUGCGUAGCCGUUUUCGACGUCGACAUGGAUGACUACGAAGGCGUCUGCGGCGCUCCAUUUGCGAGGCUCCAUUCUCUGCACAGAGCGAUAUCGCUCGAUGAGGCAAGAGAAGAAGAGCGUAAUCACACGACUAAUGCACGUGUUCCGAAGGCGGAACUUGGGCCCCAGCCAAGGAAGUGCGGUCCGCGAAAGGGAGACCGACGACCGCUGCUGUGCAUCCUGUCGGAGCGGACCGACCGUCGGCGGACCGUGUCCCGAGAGCACUGCACCCAUUUCGUCUACUCGCUGCGACACAUGGAGUACGCCGCUGCCCUGCGAUCUAUCUCCUCAGCCGUGGUUGAGGACUUCUCGGGCGCGGACGUUCCGCUGCUGGUGGCGCUGGACGAGCGUGCGCUGGAGCGCGUUCCCAGCCACGAGCUGGCGCAGCAGACGUCGGCGCUGUUCCGCCGCUACGGGCUGCUCGGGCUGGCGCUGCUGUACGUGGCGCUGCCCGUGGUCGACGCGACACUGCUGCCGGCACUCGUGAUACUUCACACUACUUACAAGGAGGACAACUUGUGUCUUCUGUUCAGCGUUCAAGUGCUGACCGAUGCCGAUGACACCGCAGUCAUUGUUCCGAGCAUCAGACAAAUAGCUCGAUUCACCGACUUGCUCGUGCUCAACUCGCACUACCCGGGAUUUGUCGGUCCCUGCCGGGUCAUGCCCGCGUCGACACUUCACGAGGAAAGGAAGACUUGCAUACCAACGUUGCCCAUGGACACAGCUGCUGAAUGGCUGAGGCAAGUCGAAGAGGAGAGCCCACAGGGGCCGUUGUUGUUCGUAUCCGUAGACAUGAGAGCCUUUCGGUACCGAGUCUACCAGCGCCCUGCUUUGGAGGCGUCCUGCAACCUAGAGGAGCACGUCGAAUACUCGCAGGUCUGUAACACGACCGGCUGGAGACAGCUAGAAGUACACGCCACUGCGACCACCGUCACGUUCAAGGGCAGCGAAGUUCUGUCUUUUGAGUCACCGGAGUCGAUGAAGACUGCGGCACUGACUGUUCGGAGGGCCUCGCGAAGCGGCUCCGUGGCCGUCUUCAACGUGGACUUUGAGGACUGGCAGGGAAGCUGCCACGAAAAGCCGUACCCGCGUCUGACAGCGCUGCAGAAGGCACUGGACAGCCCAGAAGUUGAUCUGCCAGUCACUGUCGAUCAAGGAAGCGGAAACAGAAGCCGCGAAUUGGUCCUUGAAGACGACGAGCCAGCUAUUGGUAGGAUGCUGGUGUGCGUGGUGUCGGGUGAACUGUAUGACAACAGUCAAGUGCCGGACCGGCUGUGCACGCACAUUGUCCACCCUGGGCUCUCCGUCGACUUGAGUGAGCGGACAGUGUUCCUUUCUGAUCGUGCCCUCAGACUGGCCUGGUCCCUCAAGCACGCUCGCCAUCUGGCGGCCAUGGUCGGCGAUGGCUCCUCAGCCCUCGUGGCUCACUUGGAGCGGUCGGGUCCACGUACGGCGGCGUAUGUCGCGCUGCAGGCGGUCGGCUUCCUGCGUAGGCACGCUCUACACGGUCUCGCUCUGCUGCAUUUGGCACGAACCACCACUGCGCUCGUCAAGUUCGCCCAAAUUUUUCACGCAAUGCGGUCCGUAUUGCAGGCAGACCUACAAAUACUGCUAAGCGUCGAAAUUAUGGACAUACACGUGCCUCCAAAGCUGCUUGCGAAACGGCUGAAGGACCUCGUAAAGGAAGUGGAUAUAUUCGUUUUCGAGACCCACUUCUACCACAGCCGCGGUUACUGCCAGAUGGAGCCGCCGUCGAGUUUUGAAGCGCCGAAAAAAGCGUUCACCGUUCCCAUGAGGACGGCCAUGUCAUGGAUGGAAGCCCUAAAUCAGAGCCACAGUAUUUGUCUUUCAGUGAACAUGGCUGUUUUGCAAUUCACGUCAACUAACGAUCGGCCAUCUUGCGAACGCAGGAGCGACGUUGGUUACAGCGAGAUAUGCGACAGCAGAGAUUGGAAAAUUAUGGCUUCCAACGCCUCCAACUCAAUGUCACGCCGUAAAGAGACCAUCUGGCAGUUCUACGAAGAACCUAAGCUCCUAAAGAGUAAAGUUUACAAAGUGAUAGCUCGUCAGCCUUCGGCAUGUGUGGUGGCGUUCAACAUCGACUACGACGACUACAAACCGACCUGCGGAAACACAAGCUUUCCCCGACUGGCUGCGAUAGGAGAAGCUUAUAACCAGGCAGACGGGAACGUGAGUGAAGUGCGUGUUCUUCAGAACAGUCCCUAUAACGAAAACGCCAUAAAGGACAUAUUCCGCAUGACAGGCUACCUGAACUCGAGAAGGCGGCGGCCUAUGGGCGUGAAGCAAAACUUUGCACCUCCCAAGCCCAUGUCGCGUGGAAGCAACCAGUCCCACGCAAGAUCCACGCACCGGCCAUUCGUCUGUCUGGUGAGCUCCUCGUGGUCGCAGCUGCACGCGCUACCUCGCCGACACUGCACCCACUACGUGUUCGACCCGGAAGACUGGGACCACACCGGUGCAACUUCAGCACUGAAUGUAUCAGACGUGAAAGAAUACGUGGGCUCCAGAAGAAAGUUUCUAGUUCGCCUGCAUCCUUCUUUUGACGAAGACGAAGACGCUUUUAAAGUGAUUGUGAAACGCAUCACCGUUAAUGGCUUUGACGGCGUGGCAAUUGUUGAACAGAAGUUUUUCUCGACGGAGUUGACUACCCUUGCGAUAUUUGUCAAGCUUCUAAAAAGAAGACUCCUUGCUCAGCACUCAAUUAUUCUCGGAGUAGAAGUUCAGGAUUACGACGAGGACCCAACUCUUGUCCUACAGCGCUUCGGCUUGCUUUUCACCCUAUCCGAAGUCGUCAUUCUUCAGACACACUUCACGCGGUCAUGGGCGUUCUGCAAGACAGCAUACCCUUCAAUGUACACCGAUACGGGCGAUGGUUGUAGUCAGAGCGUUCCUAUGAAAACUGCGCUAGGCUGGGCUCUUGCUGCGACCGAGGUGGUCCCUGCGUGCAUUUCUGUCACCAUGGCAACCCAUGGCUUCCGAGUUCCCAGUCCAAGGCCCGUUGGAUCCUCGUGUUUCACGUCAGAGGAGCAGCUUCCGGUAUGCGCCAAAGAGGGUUCGGAGACGCAGGAUGAUCGCCAUGGCGCGGCGUACCGCUACGUCGAUGAAGAGUGGCUUUCGUAUGAAACGGAACAUCUGUUGGCCACGAAGAUGCGGGCAGCCAAGAGGCUGCAUCCGUCGUUCUGCGUCGCCGUGUUCAAUGUAGACUACGACGCGCCUGGAGCGCAAUGUUCAAAGAAGCGGGCAAGGCCCUUUGUUCACCUAGACGCCAUCGCUGAGGGAGCAGGUUACAAGAACAGAAAAGACGACGAAAAGAAAGCUCCCGAUAGCAAGUACAUCGACGUGAACAAUGGCAACGAACCCCCGACGCUCGUCUGCGUCGUAACCGAUGACAAACACGACGUGCCGCACAUGCCGGAAGAAGGAUGCGACUACUUCGUCUACCAGAGCGUCGUCUACAAGAACAACGAGACAUUCGUGCCUCGCUCCAAGAAGACGGAGUUCUUCAAGCGCUUCGCAUCUGCGAAGUCGCGGAACGAGGACGCGAAGUACCUGGUUGCCCUGGACGCCGGGGAGUUCAUGCUGCACUACGCGAGUAGCGUUCAAGGAGAGGAGUGGUUCGCGCGCUUCGUGGGUCAGCUGGUGCUGUUCCUGGAGGAGAACUCCAUGGACGGCGUGGCCGUGGUCGAACUGCCUCUCACCUUGGCCGAGCUGGAUCGAGUGAAGCCGUCGCUGGCGGCCGUACGCCGCUACACGGCCCACUUCGGCUACCUGUAUUUACUGGGCGUGACUCUGCGGGACUCUGGAAACGCCAGCAUCCCUUCCGCGCUGCCACGGAUCGCCGAACUGUCCAGGUUGGCCGAUGUACUCGUUCUCGAGAGCCACCUGGUUACAGAAGCGGCAUCCUCCGCUCCUCAGGCCAGUGGCGCCAAGAACGGCGGCUGCACCGUCCGCUUUCCCAGUUCGGCGCAUGCAUCCGCACUGGGUGGCGGGCCCGGCAUGUCGCUGGACGAGGCGGGUCGCAUCCUGCGCCGACUCGAACUUUAUUCUUCUGCAAAGGAAGAAGGGGAGCACGGAGAAAGCGAGGCGCUACUUUGUUUCUCGGUCAGCCUGGCCGCCUUUCGGUUCCGCAUGGACAACGACACUAAGGGCGUGCCUGGUCAUUCUUGCACAGGCGUGGACAUGUUGCCAUUCCGAGAGACCUGUAUUUCUCCCAAGAAUAAAAACUGGUCCGAAGAAAUGGUUUCCGAGUCUGCGCGCUCGUCUUAUCGUGUGGCUCCCGGCGCAGUUAUCACCUUCGACUCGGUCAACGACAUCGAACACAAACUGCUAUCCACCGUGCAUGGACUCACUUGCGGAGCCGUGUACGCCGUCAACUUUGACGAGUUGGAGUCCGUGUGUUCAGCUUCGGCUGGGAUCAAGCCGUUUCCCCGCCUACAAGCAGUGAUCAACAGCAUUGCCGUCGCGGCCACAGCUGAAGAGGAGACCACUGGUGACUCGACAACGCUGUCAGUUGCGCCUGCGAAGACGACAGUAGCCACCCAAACGACGAAUACGACCGGAGAAGGGACGACUUCCAGUCCCGCGGCGCUGAAAUCUGCAAAUGAGGGCGAGAAGAGGCUGAUCUGCACUGUGGCCAACGUGACGGCCGAGUUUAUGCAGUCCGACGUCUGGAAGGCCUGCAGUCACCUUGUGUUUACGAGCCUCAGCUACGACCGCAACUCAUCCGGCCUCGUUUCGAAAGAUGGCAAGUCUUAUUUUUACCACCUUCCGGCACAUACAUAAAUAUU